AAUUAGUGUACCCAGCUCGAUGAAAAGCAGUUUUCACGAGUAAUAUAUUUCUCAGUUCACAACACAUGUCGAAAAUGUAAACAAAAAUGUGAUUUUUGUUAAUUCAAGACCACAGUUUAUGUUGUAGAAAAUGGAGCUAAAGACAUACGAUUUAAAUCCUCAGUUUUCAAUCAAUGGAUUGAAAUUCCGUUUUUACUCUGCAGCAGAAAUCAUUGCAUUGAGUGUGAAGGAAAUUACGAAUGUUGAAACAUUUGAUAAUCUUGGCCAUGCCAAUGUUGGUGGACUGUAUGACCCAGCACUUGGUAGUAGUGAAAAGUUUGAUUCGUGUUCCACUUGUGGGCUCGUCAGUCAGAACUGUCCUGGACAUAUGGGGCAUAUAAAACUGGCCAUACCAUUGUUUAACACAGUCAUUUUCCCUACUUUAUACCAUCUUUUGAAGGCGGUGUGUUUCAAGUGUAACAGACUAUGUGUGGAACAAGACAGCGAGAGUUAUUUUUAGCACAGUGUAAGUUACUGGAUGAAGGUCUGGUAGC